AGUGUUAUUAUUUUAUAUAGUCAUUUGAUAGAUUAUCGAGUGGGCUGGCUAAUCAUUUAAUUUCCGAUAUGUCUAUUUCUCAGUCUAGAAAGAAAAAAAAAAAGCAAUUUUCUUAUUUUUAUUUUCGAUAUACACAUAUAUAAGGCAUAUAUUUAUAUAUUCAUAUAUAUAUAUAUAUUUAGAUAAUUCAUAGUAGUUGAUUUAAACUUAAUGAGCGACAGCGACGAUGAGUAUGGUCCCAUUACUGCAACCUGGGGUUCACAAACACCUGUUGCCAAUUCAGAUAAUAUAGAUGCAUGGAAAAAACUUGUUGAUCCGGAUGUGAAAAUUGGACCCAACGAUCUUGGAAGUGGCAAUCUUCAUCGUCGUGGACAUAAUUACAAGCCUAUUGAUGAAGAAAUUAUUUUGGCUCAGAGACUCAAAGUUCAAAUACCUAAAAAGAAGAUGCAAGAGGCCAUUCAAAAGGCAGAGACUAAUUUAGGCUUACCUAAAAGCUUUAAUAAAGGGCAAAAAAAGACGAAUAAAACUAAUAAUCCAAAAGCAUCAAAUACAACUGACCGUUUUUCAACUAGUACUAAAAACAGUAAUCCUAUAAAGCAUAAUCAAAUUGCUCGAUCAACAUCUUCUAAUGGCAGUUCACCAUCAACUUUACAAAGAUCUUUAAAAAAUGAUUCUAAUUGGGCAAAUUCAGAUCUAGUUGAAGUACCUUUCUGGGAAACAUCAGAGGCUUGGAAUCAACUAUCUAAAUCUAAAAAUACGGUUGAAAAUAACUUCAAAACUGAAAAUAAUAAAAAAGAGAAUUGGGGAAAACGAGUUAAUUCUAUCGGCAAACAAGAAACAACAACUAAUGCGAUAAGCUCUAGUAAAGAUGGGGACUUCAAUAAGAUAAAUAGUAAUAAUGACUUAUUUAAUUUCGAUUGUUUUGAUAAGAAUGGAAACAAUCAAGAUGGCUGGGAUACAGGAGAAUUAGUGUCAUGGGGUUCUGAAGAUAGCUAUCAGUCUAAUCAUAAAAGUAAUAUACCACCCUUACGACAUUCUAUUCAUCAUCAUGAGGAACAUAGUAGACCAACAAGGUUUUCAAUUCGUUCUAAACAGCGCUAUUCUGAUACAGCAUCAGCAGAUAUACCAGAGCCAAUUAAUUAUAGACAUGACGGACGUACACCCAUACCAACCGAGAUUGCACCACCACCACCGCCUGAAAAUCGACAUUUAAUUACUAUUAAUGUAGAAUUAUCUGACACUAUUAAAAUACCAGUACCUAUUAGAGAGUUAGAUGAUCCAUUCAAAUUAGCGACUGAAUUUGGAAAGAAGAAUAAUAUCAAUACACCAAAGGUGAUUGAAGCUUUAACAAAACUAUUUACAUCACAAAAAGAGAUGGAAUUAAAGAAAAGACAACGAAAGCUACAGAAAAGAAACUUACCAAGACCAACGUCUUCUUCUUCUUGUAAUCUAUAUAAUGACCCAUCUUUUUUUUCUCAAUAUGCAUCUUCACCUGCUUAUCAAUCACCAAAUACAUCCACUACCACUAAUAAUACUUUUACUAAUUCUCUUUAUUCCACUCUAUUCCACUCCACUCCAGUUCUAUACAUAUUAUGCUACAUACAUCUAUAUAUUUAUCUAUAGUAUUUCAUUCUAUUUCUUUUGUAUUAAAUAAAUCAAGUAACUAAAAAGAAAAAGUUCUUAUAUAAGCAAUCUUAUAAGUAACUUGUAUAUGCAUAUAUGCAUAUAUACUAAAUAAAUAUGACCUGCAAUGUUCUUUUAACUGUGAUCUUUUUGAUACUUUUUAACUUUCUAAUGUCAUGGAGAAGGAAAAG